CAUGUCAGUUGUCAGUUCAGUCAGCUAGCCACCAGGAGAAGAUCGUAAAUCGCAGCUGUAAAUACAUUGGAAUACAAAUGAUUUUAAACUAACACAAAUGACUUAGAUAGAGAUGCACAGUUGUGCAAGUACAUGGAUAGCAUUAAAAUCAAUACCUACUUUAUCAUUUAAAAGGCGGAGUAGUCGAAAGCCCUAUAACGAUGUCUGGUAGAGGUCGAGGAAACUGGAGAUAUCAAAACCGGCGCGGUAGAGGAAGAGGAACCUCAUGGGGAGACAGGAGUUUCGAACCCGGUAGCAGUUCUAAAGAUGGUAUUCCACCUGAGCGUCGUCCAAGAAAUUUACGUGGAAAAGACAUUGGUUUGUACUACCGAGACCGGCAUAUAAAAGUCGCAAAAGAAAGAGGGAAUUCAGGGUCAAUGAGAAAAAAACAAAAUCCAGAAGAUUACAUUUUAAACCUAAAAAUUCCGAAAGUUGUUGCACAAAAGCUUGAUGCCGACUUGAAGAUUAUUUUAAAAUUAGCAAACAGAUCAUUAAAAGAAAAAGAUGAUGAAUCAGUUCUUAAAAAUGAAUGUGACUCUGAAACAGAUGAUUUUGUAUUUAAAAAACCGAAACUGCCGGAUACCUCCAACAACUCAGCACCAAAUACUUCUAGUACUCCAGAUUUUAUUCCUGUUAACAAUGAAUUACCAUCUGAUUAUGGAAAUGAUAGAAGACAAUUGUCUCUCCGAGGGGCCGGAGACUUCAAAUAUGGCUAUGAAGACAUUAUAACUGGCUCAUUUGACCAAAAACUUGAUGAAUGUCUGUCGAAUGGGAUCAAAAUCAAUGAGAGUAAUAUUGAAAUUAAAGAUUUAAAUAUUGCUUUACAUAAUGAUUAUAUGAGAAUGUUACAAGACUCAAGGUACAAAAGGUAUUUGGAGUUUAGAAAGAAGCUUCCAACAUAUAGCAAAACAAAGGAGUUGUUAGAAGUUAUCAAGGAUAAUCAAGUCAUAGUCAUAAGUGGGGAAACUGGAUGUGGAAAAUCAACACAGGUCCCACAAAUCAUUUUAGAUGAUGCUAUCGCCAACUUCAGUGGUGGCAAUGUAAAGAUUCUGGUCACUCAACCAAGGCGGAUUGCUGCUUUAUCCCUUGCUUCCAGAGUGGCUGAGGAGAGAGGUGAAAAACUGGGAUCAUCUGUUGGUUAUGUUGUGAGGCUUGAGAGAGUGGACUGUCGUGACAGAGGAAGUAUAACAUUUUGCACAACAGGCGUCCUACUAGUUGACCUGGAGAUUGACCAAGGUUUGACAAAAUACAGUCAUAUUAUCCUGGACGAGGUGCAUGAAAGGGACACACAUAUUGAUCUUGCUAUGUGCAUGUUGAAAAAGGUCCUCAAUAAGCGACAUGAUCUCAAACUAAUACUGAUGAGUGCGACUAUUGACGCUGACAAACUGUCAGCCUUCUACAACAACUGCCCUAUGAUGCACAUUGAGGGGUUGGCGUAUCCCGUUCAGGAUAUAUAUUUAGAAGACAUAUUACAAACGAUAAAAUUCGAGCUUUCAGAGCCAGUGAACGAUAGAAAUUUUACAAAAAGACGAUGGAAACGAUAUUUGAAACGAUAUUCGGAAGAGAGCAUGUGUCAAAAGGCGAUACAGUAUAGAGCUGAAGUGGGCCCUUGGUUAGAAUCUCAAAAGAAGGCGGGCAAAAUAGACGAGGUCGUAUAUAAGACACUAAGCGAUCACAGAAUUGAGGAUCUCAACAUGGAACUUAUCCUUGAGCUUGUACUCUAUAUUUGUCGCGGACCGCCCGGCGCGGUCUUGAUAUUUUUCCCAGGAAUAGGCGAGAUAACCAAGCUUCUCAAACUGAUGAGAGAAAGCAAAGCUUUCCCUCCAAAUCUAUAUAAUAUCUACCCUUUGCAUUCCAAGUUGUCCACUGUCGAACAACACAAGAUAUUCCAAACACCACCACAGCAUAUAAGGAAAAUAAUUGUGGCCACUAAUAUCGCAGAGACAUCUAUAACUAUAGAUGAUAUAGUCUAUGUAAUAGAUUGCGGCAAAAUCAAAUAUAACGGGUUGAACAUAGAGAAUUAUAUCUCAACGCUGCAGACACAAUGGGUUUCUAAAGCCAACCUACGCCAACGCCGUGGUCGCGCCGGUCGCUGCCAGCCAGGAGUCUGCUACCACUUACUGACUUCAUUCCGCGCUGAGCAGCUGGAGGAGCGCCUGCUGCCGGAGCUGCAGAGGAGCAACCUCCUGGAGCCCGUGCUGCAGGUCAAGCGGCUGCGGCUGGGGCUCGCGGACACUGCCUUCCAGCUGGUGCCGGACGCUCCCGAUCUGUCUACUGUCCAGAGAGCGGUCAACCAUCUGCAGAAGUUAGGAGCAUUGGAUGAUAAGGAAACCCUGACACCUCUAGGCUGGCACCUGGCUAGGCUACCCGUCCACCCAGCAGCAGGCAAACUGUUGAUACUGGGCACGUUGUUAGGGUGUCUCGACCGCGCCGCCAGCGUCGCCGCCGUGUGGAGCUUCAAGGACCCAUUCCUCAUGGUCAUCGGUCAGACGGACCUAGUCGAAGAUGCUAAAAAGAACAUGGCCCUGGGCGAGCCAAGCGAUCACGUGGCUAUGUCGGAAGCUUUCAUCCAAUGGGAGAACAUCCCACCGAGAGCCAGACGGGAUUUCGCCUAUAACAACUUUCUCGCGCACAACACUUUAGAGCUGUUAUCAGAUAUGAAGAAGCAAUUGGGAGAUAAUCUGAAGCAAAUGGGAUUCUUGGCUUCGGGGGACGUGCGCUCGCCGUGGGAGAACAGGAACGCUAAUAAUUUAAGCGUUUUCAAAGCGGUUGUCGCGGCCGCGCUAUAUCCGAAUAUAGGUGCUGUGAGAUGGAUAGGAAUUAAUAGUAGAAAAAACAAACCAAGAAUAAAAGUGCAAACUCCAGAAAAUGGCAAUAUCCAAGUACACCCAAGCAGUGUGAUGUAUGUGAAACGUAAAGGUGGGGGCAAACCAACCUUUUUAAAUAACCCGGGAGCCAACUGGCUAGUGUACUGGUUGAAACAGCGCUCCACGGAACUCUUUUUAAUUGAUGUCACCCUGGUACAUACGCUGCCGCUGCUGUUUUUUGGUGAAUUGAAAAUUGUUGAAAUGAAAGAAGAAAAUUGCUUAAUGUCAAUAUCGGCGUACAAAGUAAGCUGUCCCAAAGCACAAGCGGACUUAUUAAUUGAACUGAGAAAAUCGUUAGAUGAUGUUUUGGCGUCGAAAAUUUGCAGUCAUCAUAAUAAACAUAGUACCACAUAUAGCUAUGUUGAUGAAUACGUAUUGAAAGCUGUCAUUGAUAUUAUUACGGCUGAAGAUGAGGGCGUGGAGUAUUUUGACGAAGACGACGACACGACUGGCUCGGAAUGUGAUCAUGAAUCUGAUCUCAAUGAUUAAAUGUGUAAAACACGUGAAUAAAAUAAAAAUGAAUGUAUUUAAUA